GUAUGUCACUGGUUUUCAUCUGAUGAGGAAAGUACAAAUGUUCCAGGAUGUCCUCAUCUUGUUUCAUUGAGAAGGAUGGAGGCUCUCUGGUAUUGCUCCCCUGCCAUGCCUUCCUGCUUGCUGCCACGCUCCCCAACGUGAUGGCCAUGGACUAAACCUCUGAAACUUUUCCCAUUACCUGCCAGCCUCCCCACCUCUUUUGGGAGACCAAGUCUCACUGUGUAUUCUUGAAUUAGCCUGAAACUCACUAUGCAGACCAGGCCAGCCUCGAACUUGCAGACACCUACCUGCUUCCGCUGGAAUUAAAGGUAUAUGCCAUCACACCAGGCUUCAUUUUCUUUUUAUUCCCCAUUUAUUUUUCUCCCACAAGUGCUCAUUUACUCAGAAAUGUUUUUGUUCUCCCUCUUUUCUAAUUAUCCACUCUUACGCAAUGUCCCACACUACCACACAAUCCCUCAUUAUGGUCUUCAGUUCUUGUGCUUACACAAUUGCAGUUGGAACAUGUUACAAAUGAGGCAGGGCUCUCAGGGCCAGGAUGAGUUUGAUCAAAUGCUCUGUUGUGAUGUCUUCUUUUCUCUGUGUUCUUUUGAGGACAACGUUUUGACUAUUCUCACCAUCUUCAAGCCAGAAAUGGAAUAGGAGGCAAGAAAGAAUUGAUAUGCAAUCAUAAUGCCUUUAUUAUUAGGAUAUGAAGAAGUACAGCCAGCCAGCAAAUCAAACAGCUAUGAGGGCAGAAACUGUGUUUUUGUGUGCAUUUGAAAAGGUUUUUAGGCUCCCUUGAGGUGUUUGGCCACUGCUGGAAAGUCCAAGCUAAAGAUGCCGGCGAUGAAUCACCUGAGGGUGAUUCUGCGAGCGUCUCCCUGUACAUUGCUGUGGAGAAGGUUCCAGGUUCCGAGGUCUAUGCCAGUGAGGUCCUGCAGUCUUUACACCUGCACUUACCGAACCCGGAACCGAGCCUUACCUCCACUCUGGGAGAACUUGGACCUUGUUCCUGCGGGUGAUCGGCAGUCACCCAUCAACAUCCGAUGGAGGGACAGUGUUUAUGACCCUGGCUUAAAACCACUCACUCUCUCUUACGACCCGGCCACCUGCCUCCACAUCUGGAAUAAUGGGUACUCUUUCCUCGUGGAAUUUGAAGAUUCUACAGAUAAAUCAGUGAUUGAGGGAGGGCCCCUGGAACACAACUACCGACUGAAGCAGUUUCAUUUUCACUGGGGGGCCAUUGAUGCCUGGGGUUCCGAGCACACUGUGGACAGCAAAUGCUACCCAGCGGAGCUGCACUUGGUACAUUGGAAUGCAGUCAAAUUUGAAAGCUUUGAAGAUGCAGCACUGGAAGAAAAUGGUUUGGCUGUGAUAGGUGUAUUUUUAAAGCUAGGUAAACAUCAUAAAGAACUACAGAAACUGGUGGACACUUUGCCAUCAAUUAAGCACAAGGACACCCUGGUGGAAUUUGGAUCUUUUGACCCUUCCUGCCUGAUGCCUACUUGCCCAGACUAUUGGACCUACUCCGGGUCUCUCACUACACCACCCCUCUCAGAGUCCGUUACCUGGAUCAUUAAGAAGCAGCCAGUAGAGGUUGAUCGUGAUCAGCUUGAGCAGUUUCGGACCCUGCUUGUCACUUCUGAGGGGGAGAAAGAGAAAAGAAUGGUGGACAACUUCCGCCCACUUCAGCCACUGAUGAACCGUACUGUCCGCUCGUCCUUCCGCCAUGAUUAUGUGCUCAAUAUACAAGCGAAACCCAAGCCAGCAGCCAGCCAAGUCACCCCCUAAGAUGUUCAUACUUAGGCAGCAUCUUUCUUUAAAGCGUAUUAGCUUAAAAUCUUAACUAGAUUAAUUUAAAAUGCUGCACUUAAUACUUACGUUUAUACAUUUAUGUUUUUUUUCCUUCCUUUGUUGUAACAACAUUUCAAAACUCCUAUCCUUGUAAAGCAAAGACAGGACGACAAAACAAUAAAAACAAAAACCUAUAACCAAAUAAUAUCAGGUUACCCUAGGUUACCUUUUUUGUGUGUGUGUGAUAGGAUUAAGGCAGAGGAAUAUUUGUUACAAGGCCAGUUGAAAUGGCCUGUUUGGGAUUUUGAUGUUAAAUUUGUCUAAUUUCUGUUUCUCAGAAAGUCAGAUAAACAGUUUAGUUUCUACUUGGUAAAAAUGGAAGUUUAAUGUGAGUGACCCAUCUUGAUUUUUCUGUUCAGGCCUAAUACAGGAGGUUAACUCACAGCAAGAGGUUCUUGUGAAUUUUAUUUAAUGACGCCACCCUUUUGUUCAAACUGUUAAAUGGUCUCAUCUUACAGUAUUGGUCCCACUCUUAGCUACCAUCAUUUGGAGCUGCUGAUCUCAAAAUGACAUUCAAAGGUUACAAAUGCAUUUAUUGCUUUCAGACUAUUUCAUCUAUCUUGUUUUUUUUUUAAGAUAAGUUUUCUCUGUGUACUUCAGGCUGUCCCCGAACUCACUAUGUAGUCCAAUCUAGCCUUGAACACAUAGAGAUCAGCCUGCCUUUGCUCCCAAGUGCUGAGAUUAAAGGCUUGUACCACAGAGGCCGGCUUUCAUUUGUCUUACCAAAUGCAUUUGCUCUUUGAAUGAUAAUAGUAUGUGUCGCUGGAAUACCAGCAUGACAUGUAAGUUGCUCUUACAGCAACCUGCUGGGAAUUAUGAUGUGUUUUUAUAUCUGACAUUGUGUGUGUGUGUGUGUGUGUUGUGUUGUAUUUUGAGUCAGACUCUCACUCUGUAGUCAAGGCUAGCCUGGAACUCACAGUAAUCUUCUUGUCUCAGUCUCUCAAGUGCUAGGAUUAUAGGUAUAAGGUACCACACUUGACUAUUAUAUUUGACACAUUUGGCUAUCAUUUUUAUUUUUUGAAACACGGUAUCAUGUAGCCCAGGGUAGACUAGAAUUUGCUAUAUAGCCAAAGCUGGUCUUAAACUUCUGAUUCUCCUGCCUCUACCUCCUGAUUUCUGGGAUUAUAAGUGUGUGCCACUGCACUCAGCUUUAGCUAUCUUUUAAUAUUUAUAAUUAUUAUUAUAGUUAUAGAAUUUUGAGUAGAGAUUAUAGUCAAAACAUUAACACCUACCGAAGGCAUAGACACUGACCACACAAAACCCAGGCUACUUAGAAAAUAUCUCUAUAGGCCCAGACUGGUAACUCCUACCUGAAUAUUGGCCAUAGUUUUAGGUAUAUUUUCUUUCAAAAGUUGGGUGUGAAUUUUUAUAUUCAGACUUCUCAAUGAGUAUGUUUGUACUAAUCUUUAGUUGCUAUUACUAGCAUAUGAUAUGUCUACUUAUUAUCAGUUUACUAUAUAGAAAACACAUUUUGUAGUAAUGGGCUAAAGACACUUGCCAUGAAACUCUGAUGACCUGAGUUUGGUCCCCAGAACCUACUUAAAGGUAAAAGAAAAAAACUAACCCCACGAAGUUGUUGUCUGACCAAGCAUGCUCCGUGGCAUACACACAACCCCAUACACAUCAAAGAUGCACACAAUAAUAAAUAAAACUUUA